AUGCCACUUGACUUUCUAUAUAUCGUCGCUUCAGCCCGUAUCCCGUCCCUCAGCGAUUCUCUGUAUCUCGGGCAGGCAUCGAGCAGCGAGAAGAGUCAUUUUAGGAAGGUUUCGAAGGUCAGAGCGAAGGAGAGGAAUUGGCGGGCUUCUUGUUCCAAAAAAAGGAUUCAUUUUACCAAGACGCAAGCUCUCACGCUCAGGGCAUUCAGUUUUCUUCGCUCUAAAACGCUCUCCCGCUCUCUGGCUCUCGGUUCCAAAGUCCCCAGCCGCCUGAGCUCCCCUGUUCGCGCGACCCCAGCCCGACUCCAGCCUCCUUGCGUUUGCAAGACCAAACCUGUCGCCCUACCUCCCUCCGAUUUCUCUCCUGUUCGGACCGAAACCCAGGAACUCCCGCUAUCGUCCGACCCCAGCCAGGUCACGAUCCCAAGCCGAUGGCAGCCCCGAUCCUCUCCGUCUCGUCAUCGCACGCCAAGGCCGGACUCCUCACUGCAAGCCGAGCUCCCCCCGACAGGCUUCCUCCCGAACCCGACAGCAGCUCCCGCCUGCACCGAUCCCGGCAGCCCCUCUUCCGAACCCGACGGUAGCUACCCGAGAUUCCCUCUCCGGACCGUUCUCGACUGCCUUGCUCGCAAUCGACCCAGACUCGAGGCCACCGACUCGCCUCGGUUGUUCCUUUGCAAGGUGAGUGUUUUCUUCUUCUUGCUCCUCCUUCCUUUUCCUUCUUCUCCAUUCCUUACAUUUCUUUCUCUUUUCAUUCUUUUCUUUCCUUCUAGUUGGCUGUUUGGAUGAGAUCCUUUUGAGAUUGGAAUGCUGUAGUGUUAGGCUAGCAUGCUUUGAUGGCUUCAUUCGAUGGAAAUAAUUUGGUGAAGUCUUGUCUUUUGCAUUGUUGGUUUGACUACUUAGUGUAUCAGACAAUUAUGAUCUCCUGUGAGUAAAGAGGAAAUGAGAGCAAGAGUAAAGCGUCUUUUCUCUUGUGAUUGAGCACAGUAAAAGUUUGAUUUUCAUGUCAUUUGCUCAACUUCAUAUUAUUGCAUUUUCAAUUGUUUGGUAAAGUAUGUCUAAGGAUUUCAUGAGAAAAUUUUGUACUCUCUCUUGUGGUUUUGCCAAAUCCUAUAUGAACGCUAAUGGUUUCGUCAUUAUUGAAACUUAUGGAAGGCUUUAAGUUUGAAAAGCUUCUAACUAGCAUUAAGUGGAGAGUUUAAUUAGAAUUUCAAGUUAUAGAUUCAUGUUCUUGCUUCUAUAUACAUGUUUUGAAAGUUGAUUGGUUCUCAUGAGAUGGUUGCAUAUCCUGUUUUGGUUUAAUAAAAUGUGUGUAGGCUCAUUCACCCAAGCAAAAUUUUCAUGUUAAUAUCAUUCUUGUGAGAAAUCAGAAAGUUUGUUGUAAAAAAAAAAAAUCUGGUUGUUUCAAGUUUCUAUUUCUUGCUUUAGAGGACUAUGUUUUCAUGCUUGUUAUGAGAAUCUUGUUGGAAAGGAAAGCAAUGAGGCUUGUUGUAAAUUAGAGAAAAGUUGGAUUUUCUUCUUUGUUAUGUGCCUCGGGUAUAGGUUUUGCAUAUACCCAAAUGUGAUAUCACUCAUUGAUGGUUGGAAUAUUUUCUUGAAUAUUGAGGAAGUACGGUCGCAUCAAAUCCUCUUUGUUAUCUUAUAUCUGAUUGGGAAUGUGCACAUGAGAGCUUUCUUUUUCUUUAAAAAAAAAAAACCUGGGAAGAUUUUCUUAGGUUUAAUUACAUGGCUUUGAGAAAGAAAUGGUUACCUUAUUUCUUCAAAACAAAAUAUAGCAAGGAGUUGAUUUGUUAUACAUAGUAUUGUAUGAAAGAGCAUGUGUUUUGAAUACCAUA